CCUAAUACCUUUGGAGAGAUGUUCACCUUCUGGAUGCUCCCGUAUAUCGGGGCAGUGUACUCCGCACCCACGAUUGACUGCAGCUAUAAGUAUCUCGAUAUCUGUGCGAACGAUCUGCUCCUCUUCCGGGAUAUCGGCGGAAUUGUCAGAGCGCCAGUGAGUAUCGAGGAGCUCCGCCAACAGUGUGAAUCUCAGGCGAAAUCCGAAAACUGCGUCCGUGAGCGAUCCGAGCAGUGCACGACAGGCAUAGUGAAAGGUAUAUCGAGGCUAUUCCUCGAUACCAUCAGGGAUGAAAUGGAAUCUCGCUGCGAUUUCACCUCAGAAGAACACCAGAAAUACAUGGAGAUGGCCCCGUGCUUGGAUUCGAUCUCGGGGAAAAUCGCGAACUGCUCCAUUGAAUUCAUCAAAUCCACGGAUGUGUCCGUCGGGAUCUCGAGUGGUCUGACUCUGAAGCAGAAAAUCCCUCACGCGUGCUGCAAUUUCGGACUUUAUUCCGAUUGCAUGCUUGGGACCACCAAGGAGAGCUGUGGCGCUGAAGCAGAGGCGUUCAUCAAAAACAUGGUCGACGGAGCGAGCGGAGAUCUCAUCGAGACGGCUUGCAGCGCAUACAAAGUCGACAGUGAAACUUGUCGAGAAAACCUGAAGCUGACCAAGCAGCUCGAAGCCGAAGGAAAGUACAACGGACUGUACAAGGAAAUCAAGACGUUCAUGGGCGCGAUCGCAAAGCUCACAGAUUCCCUCACGUCCAGGAACUGA